AGUGAACAUGAAGAGAAUAAGAAUGACCCUUAUAUAUUGGCACAUUCAAAGGUGUUUCAAACAAGUAUGUUAAGGAACAAACGUAUUAUAUUGGCUUAUUUGAAUGAGAGAUUGGAACGUAUAAAGGAGUACAGAUGGAGUUCUGGCAGUGGCAUACUUGCGCCACAACUCAAGAGUGCAAUGUCGCCCAUUGAACUAUCCUUCUUUGCUCAACACGAUAAAAUGCUAUCAGAAUACCAUCAAGCCAUUGGUCUAGACUUGACAAUAGAUAUACUUCAACCUCCAAAGGAGUUGUUCAUUGAGGUUAGAGUGAUCAAGGAGUUUGGUGAGGUAGUGCUGGCGUCGGGAAGCACUGUUAACCUCAAGCUACAUACAAGUCACUUCCUCCGUCGAUCAGAUGUUGGUACACUCAUCAGUCAAGGUGUUCUGGAGCACAUUGUUUAA